AUGCAGGGCAACAGCACGGAGCAGAGCAGAGCGCACAAGGGCGCGGGCAGCAGCAGGGCGCACGACGGGCAGCACAGGCACGGGCAGCAACGGGCGGCAACGGGCAGCACAGGCACGGGCAGCAACGGGCGGCAACGAGCAGCACAGGCACGGGCAGCAACAGGCAGCAACGGGCAGCACAGGCACGGGCAGCAACGGGCGGCAACGGGCAGCACAGGCACGGGCAGCAACAGGCAGCAACGGGCAGCACAGGCACAGGCAGCAACAGGCAGUACAGGCACGGGCAGCAACGGGCGGCAACGGGCAGCACAGGCACGGGCAGCAACAGGCAGCAACAGGCAGCACAGGCACGGGCAGCAACGGGCGGCAAGAGGCAGCACAGGCACAGGCAGAAACGGGCGGCAAGAGGCAGCACAGGCACAGGCAGCAACGGGCGGCAACAGGCAGCACAGGCACGGGCAGCAACAGGCAGCACACGCACGGGCAGCAACGGGCGGCAACAGGCAGCACUGGCACGGGCAGCACAGGCACAGGCAGCAACGGGCGGCAACAGGCAGCACAGGCAGCAACAGGCAGCAACGGGCAGCACAGACACAGGCAGCAACAGGCAGCAACAGGCAGCACAGGCACAGGCAGCAACAGGCAGCACAGGCACGGGCAGCAACGGGCGGCAACGGGCAGCACAGGCACGGGCAGCAACAGGCAGCAACAGGCAGCACAGGCACGGGCAGCAACGGGCGGCAACGGGCAGCACAGGCACAGGCAGCAACGGGCGGCAACAGGCAGCACAGGCACGGGCAGCAACAGGCAGCACAGGCACGGGCAGCAACGGGCGGCAACAGGCAGCACAGGCAGCAACAGGCAGCAACAUGCAUACCGAGUCCAGGAGCGGCGGCGCAUACAGCUGUAGGGUCGGCGUCGUGGGCUGCUGCUGGGGCGGCUCGCGGGGUCCAGGGGCGGCUGCUGAGGUCCAUGGGUGGCGCUGAUGCAAGGGCAGACGGUCUCUCCCUGUUCGAUCUCACGUCUGGUGCCUCCCCUGCCCCGCCUGCUGAUGCUGACAGCACUGACCACUUCCUCUCUGUUUGCCCCACCACUCUCACCGUUGACCUCCUCAAGGAGCGCCUCCUGGCAGCAGAGAAGAGUAUAGUCGCUGUAGGAGCCUCUCGUGGUGACCCUCGUACCCCCCUCUUUGAGGGGUGUUCCCCCUCCCCCCUCUUGCCCUCUGUUGCCUCUGCUGCUGCGGCCGACCUAGUUGGUCGUGAGUUGGUCGGCGCGGCGUCUGCCCCUAGCGGGAGACGCCGCACUGGCAAGGGCAAGGGGGGCAAGGGCGCAGGAGGAGCUGGCGGGGGCGGUGGAGGUGGCGGUGGAGGCGGCGGAGGGGGUGGGGGUGGUGGUGGGGGUGGUGGCGGGAGUGGGGGUGUCGGUGGCGGCACUGGAGGCGGAGGAGGCGGCGGCGGUGGCGGUGGGAGCGUAGGAGGCGGCGGUGGCGGCGGUAGUGGAGGUGGCGGCGGCGGUGGUGGCGCUGGUCGGGGUGGCCCUGUGCAGAGAGGUGGCUCCGGUGGUGGUCCGCGCCAGCAGCAGCAGUGCGCUCGUGAGACCCCGUCCCCCCAGCAGCUUCGUGAGCGGUACGCUGCGCGUCAGCCGAGUGGGGGUGCUGGUCCUUGUACCUACGUCCUGCGUACCGGCGACCUCACUGGUGAGACGUGCGGAGGCACGCACCCCACCCAGCGCUGCUUCGGCCGCCUGACGGACGCUUGGCGUCUCCAGUUCCCUGGCGCCACUGAGAUCCCUCGCUGGGGCGAGCUCUUUAGGUCGGGGGUUGCAAUCUUUGAUCUAGAGUUUGAUGCUAUUCUUGCUGUCAUGUAUGCUGUGUCUAUAGUGAUGAGGGUGACUUUUACUUGUGUGUCCCGCCUGACCCGGGCAUUGAGGCUGCUGCUCCAGGUGCUGGUGAGGCUGCUGCUCUAG